CUGAAUUUUAAACAUAAAAUAUGGUUUUUGCGGAGAAGAUUGAUUGUACGUAGAUAGUAGAUAGACCAUGGCUCUUGCAGGCAGAAUUGAACAGUGAGAUCAUUGCCCGUAACCUUACUUUGUGCGACCUCGGACAGACCUGUCACCAACACCAUCUGUAGUAUAUACGCACAAGACUUCAUUGAUUAAAAAGAACUAUAUUGAGACUGAGAUUCAGAUUCCAUUGAUAUACCCACCACUACAUAUUACUGAGCAAGUCUGUUAUUCAGGUAAAGGCAUUAGGGUUGAAAAGGUUGCAAUUAUGGCUGGAGGUUUCCUCCCCUAUCACGAACCAGGCAUUGUCAACGUUCUCAUCCUAAUCUCCUUUUUCUUUUUCCUCUCCCUAGCGGAAUGGAUCUCUUCAAAAAUCAUCCGCGCCGGCAUCAUUGGCCAGAUCGCCGUCGGUAUUAUUUACGGAACGCCACUGGCGAACAUCCUGCAUGAAGAUUGGCAAUCCACUUUCCUUGCGCUAGGUUAUAUCGGCUUGAUACUCAUCAUCUUUGAAGGCGGGCUAGGGGCCCGUCUUGACCUCCUAAAAAAGAAUCUUUUUCUGAGUAUGAUUGGCGCUGCAACGGGGGUUCUUUUUCCGAUCGGACUUUCUUACCUGCUCCUCUACUUGGGAUUCGGCUAUGGUGCUGUUGAAACUUUCAUCGUGGGAGCAUCUUUGUCUGCUACCUCUCUUGGCACGACCUUUGCUGUCAUCUCAACUGCUUCCAGCACAGUCGAUCUCGCCCAAACUCGCGUCGGAUCGAUCCUCGUAAGCGCAGCUGUCAUUGACGAUGUUGUCGGCCUGGUAAUGCUAAGCGUCAUCAGUGAUCUAGGCGAAUUAAGUCAAGGUCACUCUGUCAACCUAGGCUGGCUAAUUGGCCGCCCAAUCGUAGCCUCCAUCGGAAUGGCUAUUGUAACCCCCCUGGUAACAAAGUAUCUCUUCGCGCCACUGUUCCGCCGCUAUAUCGAGUAUCACUUCGCUCGGUUCGACCACAUCUCCAACAUCACUCUAAUGAUCUUGGUCCUUUGCGCGUUCAUCAGUAUUGCCGCGUAUACGGGAACUUCCAUCCUCUUCGGUGCAUUUCUGGCUGGUACAUUCUUGACUUAUAUCCCUAGUAAACAUCCAGAUGGACCGUUUGUGGUUAUGAGCCGCGAGGAAGGCGAAAGGGAGGAGAACAAGAGUCCAACGUUUGUACACACCUUCGAGCGCUAUCUUUUAGAUGUGCAAAAGUAUCUUAUGGAGCCGCUUUUCUUUUCGAGUAUUGGAUUCGCCAUCCCCUUUGUGCAGCUCUGGACGGGGAAGAGGAUCUGGAGGGGUAUCGUCUUUACCCUUCUUAUGCUGUUUGCAAAGCUCAUCGUCGGAAUCUGGGUCCCUCUCUGGCAAUUACUUUCCAGUUCCAAUCUCCUGAACAGAAAGACGGCGAACGAGUAUCCUAGCGAAGAAUACGCCAGCGAAGACAGCACAAAACCAGUCUGGUCCACAGUCUGUCUCUCUGGCCUACUUCUCGGCUCGGCAAUGGUUGCCCGCGGCGAAAUUGGCCUCCUCAUUGUCGAGGUCGGGUACAAUGAGACUUCGUACGUGAGCGAGGAUGCCUUUAUUACCGCCGUCUGGGCAAUUUUGCUUAACACGGUCCUUGGCCCUGUAACUGUGGGGCUGCUGGUGAAAUUCUAUGGAAAGGAGAUAGGGAAGGGGGAAUGGGGCCUUCAGGGAACUGUUCCUGCUGCUGCUGCUGGUAAUUUAAGCACUGAUCCCUCACUUAGGUGAUAUGCGGUACACCACUGUCUUCCCAUAUAAACUACAUGGCUUGACUACAAGCCAUUGCUCUUGAUGACUUCAAAGCUUGUUCCGAGGCUUAUGGUGACAUGUGUCAGAAACACCAGACAUACUCCAACAUACCCCAGGGAACUAAUUCAGUCUCAAACCUGGUCCACGUCUUCCUCGCCAGGUGAUUCACUCUCAGAUACAGUCCAAUCAGCCAUCAACUUGCCAGGUGGUCGGCGGCUGGUAUCCAGCUCUCAUCACUGCAACAAGGGCUGAGUCAGUACUCUACAGACAAAUUCUAUGGGUGAGGUUUGAAAUCAACAAGUAGGAUGACCAAUAAUAUAAUAAAUUCUUGUCAAAACAUCUCUUGGAUGCUCUGCGUGUGUUGGGAGAUGCUCAGCUGAGAG